AUGGGGUUUUUUUGCAAGCAGAGCGUUCUGCUUAAUUUCAUAUUCUCCCUCUCCGCAUUACAGACAUGUGUUUCCGGUAGUGUCAUCGCUCGAGCAGCAGACUGUCAUGCGAAUUCCUACAAGGGACCAUUAAAUCCAAGUUUUGAAAACGGAAUCAAAGACUGGAAAGUUAUCAGCGGCAAUGCCUUUGGUGAUAAUUCGGCCAGCAGCGAGACAAGUUACUGGGGGGGACCUUUCAACAAAAUUGGCAACAGUUUUCUCUGGGGUUUACUUCAAUCUGGAGAAGCUGCUGUGGGAGAACUUCAUUCAAGCACCUUCCGAGCGAGCUCUUUCAUGAGUUUUCUGAUUGGAGGUGGUUGGGGACCUGAAGAUCUUUAUGUUGGACUUGUUAGCGAGAGUGAUGGCAAGAUACUCUAUCGUCAGACUGCCACCAACGAUGAGGCUAUGAUUCGUAUCGUUUGGGACACCAGUGCUUAUGCAGGCCAAAAUGUUUACGUUUCGGUAGUCGACAACAGCACGGCAACAUCCUGGGGACACAUCAAUUUGGAUGACAUCCGAACUGGAUGUGAUGCCUUGAUCGGAGAGAAAGGAAAUCAUUUCAACGUACUCGGUCAAGCAAACCAGCCAAUUCGAUCACAAUCAACUCUCAAGCCCGAUCAACUUUUCGCAUCAGAUCCAAUCCGUCCACAAUUUCAUUAUACACCUUACCAAGGAUGGAUCAACGAUCCAGCUGGAUUAAUAGAGUGGAAAGGAAAACACCAACUGUUUAGUCAAUUCAAUCCAGUCGCACCUCUCUGGGGUCCAAUGCACAUGGCACACGCAGAUAGUUCCGAUGCUGUUCACUGGCGAGAAUUGCCGGUCGCUAUGUAUCCUCCGUACGUUCAAGAUCCUCUCGACACCAGCGGUCGAUUUACUGGUAGUGCAGUCUUAGACAACAGCACUGGGGGCAUCCACUUCAUCUUCACCGAUGCAACAGAUGUUUCCCGCCACCCUGGUAAACUCCCCGAAGUCCAAUCAUCAGCACUUAGCACGGAUGGAAUAAACUUCGAUUUCUAUUCGGGAAACCCAAUCAUUGCAGCACCACCUCCUCGCUCCGGUAAUGGUUGGCGUGACCCAAAAGUCUUCCACGACACGACUGACAACACCUGGAAGAUGGUAGUCGGAUCUGGCGAAGGAGCUACCGGAAACGUUCAAUUGUACGUUGCUACCGAUGAAAAACUACUAUCAUGGAAGUACAUUGGAGUCCUGACAGAAGGCACCGGAAGCACAGGGGGAAUGUGGGAGUGUCCAAAUUUCUUCCCUAUCGGCGACAAAUGGGUCUUGUUCUAUGGGGGAAAUAGCCUCGGAUUUUGGGAAGUUGGAACUUAUGAUGGAACGAAAUUCACAUCUGAGAAGGUCGGUCUGUUGGACGCGGGACCGGACAGUUAUGCAAUGCAAUGGUACAAAGAUUCCGCCGGACGAAAUCUCGCUAUCGCGUGGAUGGGAAACUGGCCAACGUCAAAAUGGCCAAGUCGUGUUAAUGGGUGGGCAGGUACACAGUCUAUCACCCGUGAGUUGUUCAUCAGAGCAGAUGGUGGACUCGGAAGUAAGCCUAUCAAGGAAGUUUCCAGCCUCGCAAACGGACCAGCGAAGGCCUUGGGAGCGAAAAAUGUCCACGGCACAAUUUCAGUUGGAUCCACAAACACCGCACGCCUCCAAGUAACCGUUGAUCUAGCCACCAGCAACGCCCCUGGCUUCACAAUCUUCAUGCACAAAUCCAACGUCGAGCAAGUGACGCUCUACUACUCCGUCAAGAACCAAACUCUCACACUCGACACCACGAACGCGGGUUACGGCCAAGCCGGCACGUGGAAUGCAGUUGUUGCAAAAUCUCCAGACAACAAAUUAUCGCUUGAUAUCUUCAUUGAUCGGUCGAGUGUGGAGGUUUUUGCUGGUGAUGGAACGGCUAUGACGGCGACUGUGUUUCCGAGAUAUCAGGAGUCGACGGCUGUUAAUAUUGAGUCUGUGGGGGGAAAGACUGUUUUUGAUAGUAUUACGUUGACGCCUUUUGGGUCUACGUGGAGUUAA